GGCCGGCGCGGGCGCAGCGGGCCGGGCAGGGGCGAGGGGCGCCGGGACCCAAGCUUUCCACCACAGGAACCCAAGAUGGACAGAGGGGCACAGCCAUGGAGUUGGGCACUGGAGACCUCUAGUUCUGAGUCUCAUGACUUCCAUUCAGAUCCUGUCCCAGAAAUGGCCAGCAGUUCCACUCCUGGGAUAAGGCGUUCAGUCCUGGUCAGGAACCCUGGCCACAAGGGCCCGAGGCCGGUUUAUGAAGAGCUUGACUCUGAGUCAGAGGACCUAGACCCCAAUCCUGAAGAUCUGGACCUAAUUUCCGAAGACGCAGACCCUGAUCGCGAAGACCUCAACACUGUCUCAGAAGACGUGGACCCCAAUUAUGAAGAUAUGGAGCCCGUUUCGGAGGAUCUGUACCCUAAUGCUGAAGCUCCAGGCUCCAUCUUGGGGGACCGAGACUCGGAUCCCCAAGAUCCGGACCCCAUAUCUUCAAGUUUCGACCUCGAUCCUGAUGUCAUUGGCCCUGUGCCCCUGGUUCUCGACCCUAACAGCGACACUCUCAGCCCGGCUGCUCCAGACGUGGACCCCCUUUCUUCUGGCCACACUGCCAACCCCCAGGACCUGACCACCAGCCCCGCGGUGCUCCCCGCCCCCGCCAGCCCGCCCAGGCCCUUCUCCUGCCCUGAUUGCGGGCGAGCCUUCCGCCGCAGCUCGGGGCUGAGCCAGCACCGCCGUACCCACAGCGGCGAGAAGCCGUACCGCUGUCCCGACUGCGGCAAGUCCUUCAGCCACGGGGCCACCCUGGCGCAGCAUCGCGGCAUCCACACUGGUGCGCGGCCCUACCAGUGCGCGGCCUGUGGCAAAGCCUUCGGCUGGCGUUCCACGCUGCUGAAGCACCGCAGCAGCCACAGUGGCGAGAAGCCGCACCACUGCCCGGUGUGUGGCAAGGCCUUCGGGCACGGCUCGCUGCUAGCGCAGCACCUGCGCACGCACGGCGGCCCGCGGCCCCACAAGUGCCCGGUGUGCGCUAAGGGCUUCGGGCAGGGCUCGGCGCUGCUGAAGCAUCUGCGCACGCACACAGGCGAACGGCCCUACCCGUGUCCACAGUGCGGCAAGGCUUUCGGGCAGAGUUCCGCGCUGCUGCAGCACCAGCGCACGCACACUGCCGAGCGCCCCUACCGCUGUCCCCACUGCGGCAAGGCCUUUGGGCAGAGCUCCAACCUGCAGCACCACUUACGCAUUCACACAGGCGAGCGUCCCUACGCCUGCCCGCACUGCUCCAAGGCCUUCGGGCAGAGCUCGGCGUUGCUGCAACACCUCCACGUGCAUUCCGGCGAACGCCCCUACCGCUGCCAGCUCUGUGGCAAAGCCUUUGGCCAAGCCUCGAGCCUCACCAAGCACAAGCGGGUACAUGAGGGUGCGGCAGCUGCUGCUGCUGCUGCUGCUGCAGCAGCAGCCGCUGCUGGGCUAGGCUUUGGGCCUGGCCUGAGUCCUGCAUCCAUGAUGAGGCCCGGGCAGGUCUCCUUCCUUGGCCCUGAUGGUGUCUCUGUGCUCCGAUCUGGCCUGGGCCUCAGCCCUGACCCUGCUUCUGUGCUGGGCUCUAUCCCUAAUCCUAGCUCCCAAGCCCUCUCUGGCUCCCGAUCCACCCCCAGCCCUGUUGAAUCUUCUGACCCUAAGCCUGGUCAUGAUGCUGAUCCUGACCUUGUGCCCAGCCCUGACCGUGAGUCUGGUGCCAGCCCUGAUCCUUUGCCCAGUCCUGACCCUAACCCUGAAUCCCACCGUGACUCCCACUCUCCCACUCGCGACACUGCCAGCCCAGCCCUCCCUACUGGCAAGAGUCCUGAGUGGGUAAAGGAACAGGGAGCAUUGCUGGGGCCUGAUGGCUGAAGGGGAAUGCCGACAUCUGUGGUGGCCUGGGGAAGUUGUGUGUUGUGCACUUAGUAAAAUCCUCUCACUGCC